AUGCGUAGUAAUUCCACUCUUCAAUUCCCCCAAGAAUCCCUUCACCCCCGUCGCCUUAUCCUUCUCAAUAACCCUUUGGAUCUCCGCCAACUGCGCCGUGACGACGCUCUGCAGCUGCGUGAGCUCGGCCUGCUUCUGCUUCGCGAAGAGGGAGUGGACUUGGUGGGUGAGGGUGGAGAAGGCUUGUUGGACUUUCUUUGUGAGAGUAGUUCUCAGCGUUUGUACGGCCUUUUGGGCUUGUUGUUGCGCAGCUUUGAAGGCGAUGACGACAUCUUCGGUGGCUUGAUUCAGGGUUAG